AUGGAUUACAAGAUCACACUAGCAAUGGUAUGCACAAGUUUGUUGAUUAUUAUUUGCUUUUACGUUUCGGUUUGCAAGAUGUUUCUCCACCGGCCCGAUACCAAACUUCCUCCCGGGCCUAAACCCAUGCCGAUAUUUGGUAACAUUUUUGAGGUCGGAGAAAAGCCCCACCGAUCAUUUACCAAUCUUUCAAAAAUAUAUGGUCCUAUACUAACCCUAAAGUUAGGUACUAUUACUACCAUAGUUGUCUCCUCAUCUGAAGUAGCUAAAGAAAUGUUCCUGGAAAACGACAAGUUUUUUUGUAACCGGACUAUUCCGGAUUCUGUUAAGGCAGGAAACCACGAUAAACUCUCCAUGUCCUGGUUGCCGGUAUCAAAGAAAUGGAGGAAUUUCCGAAAGAUCUUAGCAGUCCAAUUGCUCUCCUCACAACGCCUCGACGCGAGCCAAGCCCUUAGGCAGGCCAAGGUGGAACAACUUCUUGAAUAUGUACAAGAAUGUUGUAGGAAAGGACAAUCUAUUGAUAUUGGUAAGGCAGCUUUUACGACUUCACUAAGUUUGUUAUCAAACACAUUUUUCUCAAAGGAAUUGGCUCAUCAUAAUAAUUCUAGUGCUUGCCAAGAGUUUAAGGAGCUAAUGUGGUGUAUUAUGGAAGAGAUUGGGAGGCCUAAUUACGCUGAUUAUUUCCCCAUACUUGGAUAUAUUGAUCCCUUUGGCAUUCGUCGUCGGUUAACGACGUAUUUUGAUAGAUUGAUUUCUGUAUUUCAAGAUAUAAUCCGUGAAAGACUACGAAAGGAGCAGUUUUGUAGUAGGGAUGGAAGUGCAACAAGUGAUGUGUUAGAUACUCUUCUCAAUCUAUACAAGCAAAAUGAGUUGAGCAUGGAUGAAAUAAACCAUCUUCUUGUGGACAUUUUUGAUGCAGGAACAGAUACGACUGCUAGUACAUUAGAAUGGGCGAUGUCAGAGUUGAUUAAAAAUCCUGAAAAAAUGACGAAUGUUCAAGAUGAAAUCGAACAAGCCCUUGGAAAGAAUUGUAAAAUUGUUCAAGAAUCCGACAUUUCAAAGCUACCUUACUUGCAAGCGAUCAUCAAGGAAACAUUACGUCUACACCCACCAACUGUAUUUCUCUUGCCUAGAAAAGCCGAUGAUGAUGUCACACUAUAUGGCUACAAUGUUCCCAAAAAUGCACAAGUCCUAGUUAACUUAUGGGCCAUAGGGAGAGACCCUAAGGUAUGGCCCAACCCAGAUGUAUUUUGGCCCGAGAGGUUUUUAGAACGCGAUAUUGAUAUAAAAGGUCGAGCUUUUGAACUCUUGCCUUUCGGCGCUGGUAGAAGGAUAUGCCCGGGAUUAAGUUUGGCGUGUAGAAUGUUGAACUUAAUGUUGGCUACACUUGUUCAAUCCUACAAUUGGAAGCUUGAAGAUGGAAUGAUUCCAAAAGAUUUAGACAUGAGUGAAAAAUUCGGGAUCACGUUGCAGAAAGUUAAGCCGCUUCGACUUAUUCCGGUUGCAAAGUGAUGCUUCACGUAAUGUGAAAUAACUUGUACGUGUUUUUUAGGAUUAGGAAAUUAAAUUAUGUUGUUAUGUUACUCAAAAAAAAAAAAAACGUUGUUAGAGAAGUUAUUGUAUAAAC